AACAAAAUGGUGGCAUAUAAUAUUUUUGUUUGGCCGCAGCGUACAUAAAAAAAAUUCGUGUGUGAUUUGCCCGCAAACAUUAACAAAAGUGAGCAAAUAAUCAGAAACGGUGCGAGAGAGAUAGCGAAAAAGUGAGCACGGUGCUGGAAACAAUAUUUAAGCCACAAAUCGAGCAGAAGUUAAGAAUUGAUCAAUCGAACAGUGCUGCGGUACCGCUUGGUGGGUCGAUUGCGCUGGUCCAGAGGUGCCUGUGGCCCGUGGCCUGUAGGCCCCCAGUGGUGGUUUAGAAAAGACCUGCAAGGGUGGUGGGCAGCUCAGUAUAGAUUGCUGCAGUCCGCCCCCAGUAUCUCUCACCAGCUGGAAAACAAAAUAAAAAUCGAGCACAACAAGAAGAACCAGCAAGCUGCAUUGGCGGCUAAUUGGAUUAGUCAGUAGCGGAGAUGGCCACGACACAGCAGUACUCGCUGCGGUGGAAUAACUAUCUGCGCCACCUGACCUACUCACUGGACAACCACCGGCUGAACGAUGAUUUCGUCGAUGUCACCCUGUGCGUGGACGGCAGGAAGAUCAAGGCCCACAAGGUUGUACUGUCCUCGUGCUCAUCGUACUUUAAGGAGAUAUUCAAGGAGAAUCCCCAUCCGCAUCCAGUCAUUAUAUUUAAGUUUAUCAAAUUCGAAGAUCUCAACUCGAUAAUCGAGUUUAUGUACCAGGGCGAGGUAAAUGUACAGCAGGAGGCAUUGCAAUCGUUCCUGCAAACAGCUGAGCUGCUUGCCGUCCAGGGCCUUACCGCCGAGGAGAAGGAGAAGCCGCAGUUGCCGGCGUUGCCGCUCAGCGAUCAUAAGCUCAUCAAGACCAUACCCAGCACCAUAAGAGCGGUCAACGAUCAGCACCAGCAGCAGCAGCAGCAGCAGCAACAGCAGCAGGUGUCCAGCGUGGCACAGGCGCAGACAGCAACGCAAACCAUCGAAAUCCCCACGGCCACACUGUUACAGGCAACGGCUGCCAGUCAGGUUCAGACGCAGGUGGCUGCUGCCGCCCAGCUUCAGGUCCAGCAGCAGCAGGCGCAGUCUCAGUCGCAGCAGCAGCAUCAUCAUGUACAAACCAAUCAAAUACAACACAUCCAGGUGCAAUCGGCGCCACCACCACCACAGCAGCAGCAGCAGCAGCAACAGACACAGCAGCAGCAGCAGCUAUCACAGCCAGUGGCUUCGACACCACAGCAUCUGACCAUCACGAAUGCGGUGGCCCUGGCCGCGGCGAAGAAGCGCAAGCUCACCUUCUCCGACGAUGAUGACAACAUCUACACCACCGAAACGGUCGCCUAUUCCGGCAAGGAUGACCAGACUAUUGUGAAAACUUCUGAUAUGACCUUCCUACGAAGCGCAGUCAAAAUGGAUAUACCCGACUAUAUUGUAAGCGAGGUGGAUGAUCGCCUUUCGGACGGCGCCACGCCGCAGACGUCACAGGAUGCCACGACCGGUGCAGCGCAAACGGUGGCCCAAUACUCAUCCGAAUACGAGAUACUAACCGAGUCAGAGAUCGAGGAGAAAUAUCAAGCGGAUGCGGAAAAUGCCGAGAUAGCCAUCGAAAUGACCCGCCUGCUAGGCAGUGGAACGGGGGCAACAUCCACGCCGCAUGCAGUCCUAGAGGAUGGCAGCCCGUCGGCAGUUCCCUCGACUACGGUGUCCCUGACGCCGGUCAAGGUGGACAGCAAGGGCGGCAACGUGGCGCCAAAUGAUUCGCCCAAUAAUAAGUGGACAGAAUGUCAGUUUUGCAAAAUGGUUAUUACCACGGUUAAUCUUUGGAGACAUAUUCGCACCCAACAUACACCACAACCGCCCCGCAAAUGUGAUCUCUGCAAUAAGAAUUUCAAAAAUAAAUACAGCCUCCGUGAGCACAUACGCAUCUCGCACGAACAGAAGGUGACCAUCAAGACGGAGAACUGAUGGGCAAUCUACACGACUGCCGAGACAUUCAUCAGCCUCAAUAUGAAUAUGGGCAGCAUACGAAACUAAAUGGAGCACAGAGAGUGCACAGGGAGUGCAAAACAGAGAGAGAGAGAGAGCGAGAUUCCAAGAUAUAUAUAUAUAUAUAUAAAUAUAUAUAUAAUACUAUAUAGAUCAUAACGUCCAAGUAGCAAUAACAACUCAAAGAUUAAUUUUUCCAGUGCACACGCAAAAAAAAAAAAAAAAAAACAAAAAGAAAAUCCACCAGCCAUCCCCCAAAAACAAACAAAAUUAGCCAAAAUUUGUCAAAAACUCCAAAAUGCAAAGCAAAAGUGUGGAGAAGAAAGAGGAGCAUUAGCAUAACGUCUAACAAACGACUAGAAAUUGUAAUAUGUGUCUAAAAUAGCAUUAGUUUAUAUACAUUCAUAUAGCUACGAUAAACGAUAUACGAUAUAUGAUAUAUAUAUAUCAUAAUAAGAUUAAGGCCAAGGCCCAGUCAGAGUCAGAGUCAGUCAAGAGUCAGUGGAGAGCUGGUAAUCCCCCCCUCGUUGACCAAGAGCCAUUGUAUGUAAAAUGUAUUUUUAGUAUCCUAGUACUUUUGCUUAGUGCAACGGAUCGGAACGUUUUUUUUAUUAGAUAGCAGAGUACAAAUAUCGACCUUCAUUGUAUAUAUACACACCCACACACACACACAUACACAACACAUUUUUCCAGCAAAGGCUUUAAGCUUAAUCAAUCAAUCAAUCUAUUUAUGUACUUUGCUCAACCCACAGAUACAGAUACAGAUACAGAUACAGAUACUACAAUAAUAAUCCCAAUUCUGUACAAACCGACUUCAUUACCAUUAAUAGUGGGCCAUUCUGUGUUCAAGCAAGAGAGAGAUUUAUACCGCAUAGUCGCUUAGGAAGAGGUGGAUAUUGCAGUCGUUGUAAAGUAGCUAAAUUAGUUGUAGGUCCCCCCGCCCCCACCCUCCGUUAGUUUAUUUGAUUAAACCCACAAGCCAAGUGAGAAACGGAAGUCAUCGUAUGAUAAUAUGUACUUUAAGAUUCGAAUACCUGUAGAAAUUCUCUCUAAAGACGACACACAAACACACACACCCACAGAGAUGCAUACUAAAGAUUAUCUAGUUAAAUGAAACCAACUCAUACGUAUUAAUAUAACGAUCCACACAUAUGUAUAGUAUACAUAUACAUAUAUAGUAUAUAGUAUAUAGCUAUAGCUAGAGCUAUGCUAUACAUAAUGUAUGAGCCUGUAUGGAUGACCAUAGGGUCUUCAGUUUAUGAAAGACUGUUUCGAUUAUUCAUUAUCAAUAUUUAUUUUCCAAUAUAUUCCUAUGAAAAGAUCUUGUGAAAAGUCGCCGUUCGGUUUCAAUUUAUCUACCAAACUAUCGAUAUAUAACAUAAUGAUCUGAUUAAUUAAUCUAGACUCAAUUCUUUUGUUUUAUUUCAUUUAUUAUUCCACCAUGAAAGAACACACAUUCGUUUUGCAAACAAAUUUCAAGAAACUCUGUGAGUGUCCAUACAGGGCCAUUGUCCCAUAGUCCGGAUGGCCAAGCGUCGACUAUACUAUCUCUAGAUAUAGAGAUUGCAAGUCGAUCGAUCCCUCCCUCCCUCGCCCACAAUAGGCCUAAGUACAUAAUGUGUAUUGUAUAUAAUAUGUAUUAAUAGCUGAAACUACGACUAGAUUAUCCAAUUUAAAUCGUUUUGCUAAAAUGAGACAGACAGAGAAAGAGACAUAUGACAAAGAGAACGUCAGAGAGAAAGAGAAAGAGAGAGAAAGAAAUAAAAACAAAACAAAAUA